AUGUUUUUAAAAAUUUUAAUUUUCCUUUUAAUUAUAAACAAAAUUAUUGCUGUUGAUUCUAAUAGCGUAGAUAGUGGAGAUGAAAAUCCUGAUAGUAAGCCCAGUGAUGAGUUUGCCAACCCUGAUGAUGUUCGUGAGGAGCAACAACCUUCCAAUUUAAUCGACAAUCAAAAUAUUCAAGACCAACAAUUUAUUAAAGAAGAUGAUACCAAUGCACUGUUAAAUAACGAAGAAGAUAAUUCCAUUAAUGAAUACACAACAGAAAAAAUUAAAAAAGAUGAGGAAAACCAACUAAAUAAUGAAGGAUAUGGUGUAGACAAUAAAUUUCCUGAGGAAGAUAAUGAUGUAAAUGGAUUGGAUAUUAAUACAACUAGAAAAUAUGCUAAUGAUGUAGAUGAUAAUGAUAGAAAUGAAAGUGAUGAUGGUGUAAUUAACGAUAAUGGUGACGAACGUACACCUACAUCUGAGGAACAACAACAAAUUGAGGAAUAUCUUCAAGAAAUGCGUGAAUUUGAAGAGCAAAUGGUCAAAGACAGUGCUAAUUUUAUGAGAAAUUUGGCACAAUUUGUGAUGAGCCAAUUCGAAAACAUUUUUGGUUUUUCUGCCUCUUCACUAUCAAAAAACAAUAAUAAUUUGUUGGAGAAAAAACCUGAAGAAGCACCAACACCUCCUUGCUUAUGCAAAAAAUGUGACAGUAUGACAUUUAUUCAAAACAAACAAAACAAAUAUUUUAAAAAUUUUGCUAAUUAA